AUGGAGGCGGGGUCGGCUUCCCACGAGGAAGAGCAGCGUCUUGAAAAGCUCCAUUUCGCCAACGUGCUCAAAGCCUUUGAUGAUUAUCUUCCGUACUGCCUCUCAGCCAACGACGCACGCCGCAGAUCCUUCUUUUCGCUUCCAAGAGCGCAUCAACAGCUUCUCGCAGAUGUAGGUCAACCACUGGCGUUACCGGAGCUGCCCAACGCAAGAUCAUCAACGUCACAGUCACGCGGAUUCAAGUCGAGGUUGGAAGAAAUCGAUGAUCGAAUGCGUCGCAACGCCGACUUGCUGUCGCUAAUCGCCGAUGAGUCUAGAGGCUUUCUCGGUCCGGAUCCCCUUGCCGAUGAAGAAGAGGCAGCUACAGAGGAUUCUCAAGCGGGACACGAUUCCAAUCGCGGGGCCAACAGCAGCAAUAGCAGCAGCAACGGCAAUCAUUCUCUCGGCUCAUCUUCAAAAACUGGCCGCAAGCGAAGAAAGAUCUCGGGUCAUGAAAUCGACAAGAUCCAAAGCACACUCAAGCAAUUCGUUCGAGAUUGGAGCCGCGAAGGCGAGCCGGAAAGAUCUUCCGUCUACGGCCCACUGAUGGACGCAGUCGCCAAUCGCUACGGCAAGAUCGGCCUCGAGAACCGCGGCCACGUUCGCGUACUAGUUCCAGGUGCAGGGCUGGGCCGGCUUGCUUUCGAGUACGCGGCAGAAGGCUACUCGUGUCAAGGAAACGAGUUCAGCUUCUACAUGCUGCUGGCAUCCCACUACAUCCUCAACAAGUCGAGCCAGAUUGACGAGCACGUCAUCUAUCCGUUCGUGCACUCCUCUAGCAACUGGAGGACCGCCGACGAUAUGCUUCGCCCCAUUCGCAUCCCCGACGUACUGCCAUCGUCACUGCCACAGACGAGCGAGUUCAGCAUGGUCGCAGGCGAGUUCUGCGAGGUCUACUCCAAGCCCGAGGAGGCACGAGCGUGGCACGUUGUGGCCACCUGCUUCUUCAUCGACACGGCCAAGAAUGUACUGCGCUAUCUCGAGACGCUGAACCACGUGCUGCCCAUAGGCGGACACUGGAUGAACGCCGGUCCGCUGCUCUGGCACUUUGAAAACUCGGGCAACUCUCGAGGCGGGUCGGGCGAGAGCCUGAGCAUCGAGCUUACGCUUGACGAGUUGAUCCAGCUAUUACCAAAAAUGGGCUUCGAGCUCGAGGUGAGUACCAGAUUCGCUCCUGACCGUCAUGAUCUAUGCUGUUCCGAAUUCGCUGACACUUGCCGGUGUUCCCGCCUUUGCAUGCGCCAUUGCUGA